UGCGUGUGCGUGCGUGUGCGUGUGCGUGUGUGUGUGUGUGUGUGCGUGCGCGGUGGGUGGUGGCUCGCGAGCCGCAAGUUAAAAACCCCGAUCUAUAGCAGCGGAGUGGAGUCGGGGGAGUAGCAUUUCACAUUCGAGUGGUGGGCUUGAGGAACGGCUCUCCUUGGUGAUCGUAGUUUGAAUUUGAGUGGACCUCCUGCAAAUCCUAUUGAACAUUGGUAGAUCGACUAAUACACGCAUUUAGGACAACCACAGCCGAAACGCAGGACAACUGUCAGCAUCAGGUCAUUAUCUCGACAGGCGAGAGACAAUAUUUUGCGGGAAAACGAGAGAAUCGUGUCAAUAAUAAAACAGGUAUCAAGCACGGCGCCGUGUUUCUUGGCAACGGAAGAGAUCAGCAUCCGGCUCGGAAUGACUACCCUGAAGCGUCUGACAUUUGGAAAGGAAACAAAGGAUAGCGUUACGCUGCUGCCAUGUUUUUAUUUUGUCGAGCUACCAAUUCUAGCCCUAUCGGUCAUCAGUCUCUAUUUCCUGGAGCUAACAGACAUUUUCCAGCCAAUGCAUUCUGGGUACAGCUGUAAUGACAAAAGUCUUUCUCUGCCCUACAUCAUACCCCAAAAAGAAGUUUGUCCUCUGCCUCUGCUCUUCGGCUUGGCAUUUGCCAUUCCCACUGCGACUAUUCUCAUAGGAGAGGCUGUUCUCUUUUGCUAUCUAUCCAGGAGGUCCUCGACUAUGCAGACAGAAUCAAACAUCAUUGCUGCUGGAUGUAAUUUCAACUCCUACAUUCGCAGAGUUGUUCGCUUCAUUGGUGUUCAUAUCUUCGGCCUGUCUGUAACAGCACUGAUAACUGACAUUUUUCAGCUCUCUACUGGACAGCACACACCUUACUGGCUAGAUGUGUGCAAACCCAAUUUAACUCACAUCAACAUAUCAACUUGUGAUGAAGCUUUUAUUCUGGACGAUAUUUGUUCCGGACAAGACAUCAUUCUUAUCACUUCUGGGAGGAAAUCUUUCCCAUCCCAGCAUGCUUCUUUGGCUGGCUUUGCAGCUGUCUAUGUCUCCAUGUAUUUAAAUGCAGUGCUGACAGACUCCACAAAGCUGCUGAAGCCUCUCUUGGUGUUUUCUUUCAUCAUGUUGGCCCUUCUAGCUGGAUUAACCAGGAUCAUACAAUUCCGAAACCAUCCUGUUGAUGUCUACUGUGGAUGGAUCUUGGGGAUAGCUGUUGCUACCUACCUGGGAAUUUUCGCAGUUGGAAGUUUCUGGCCCGGUGAAGAUAAGUCAAAAAGGCAGCCGCUUCACUUCACAUUGAGGAAGCCUACCCCCUCAUCUUUCCACAGCGUCUGCCAGUCAGAUGUCAACAGCCGCCAAGUGGGCCACCACAUGUUGACAGCAAGCCAACCAGAGCCAGUCAACAUCAGGACCACUUUUCAUACCUUGUCCCCCAAGCAGACAGAGCGAGUUCUUGCGCGAAGCUCCUCCUACCGGGAGCCUUCUCAAACCAAUGUGAAGCUCGCCAGUACUAAUUUGGAGAUGAUCAUUUCCCCCAGUCCUAUGAAGAAUUGUAAUAAAACCUUCAGCAGCACAUUGCCAAGGUCCCAUGGUGGCUCAUCAUUGGAGGGAUGUCGCAUUCCAAGGCGUCAUGCCUCUAUCCAUACCUCAAUGGAUUCAACCAGAUCUAAGCAACUCCUCAGCCAGUGGAAGAAUAAAAAUGACAAGAGAAAGCUGUCCCUCCAGGCCAUGGAUGGCAUAAAACCCGCUUCCUUGUCUCCUCAAAGAGAUGUGCAACUCCACUACUCAUCUGAAUCAUCUGCCAUAGGUUUGGACACUGAGGUCCACAGUCUAACCCACCUCCCUUCAGCCACUGGCCAGGAAGUUGGAACCCACAUCCCAACUUCUUCCAUAAAAAUAGCUACAAGCUGUGUUCCAAUAGCCAAUAAAAAUACCCUGACCCAGAAUGGAGGAACUAGCUUUGCCGCUGGACCAAGAAUGGUUAUUCAGUCACGUCCUGGAUCUUCUCAAUUAGUUCACAUUCCCGAGGAGGAAAAUUCUACUACCAAGGAUCAGGAGAGUGAAUCGGAAGACAGCACUUUUGAUAUGGUUGCAUCUGCUAAACAGAAAUGGAUGAGAGUUGCGGAAAAGACCACGAUCCCUUGCAGACCUCUCAGUGCAGGAGGUCAGCCUCGACUCAUGCAGGUCAUUGCCUUUUCAAAACAGCAGGGUUUGCGCAACUCACGAUCAGAGGAUGGUGGCAGCACUGUCAGCUGCUCUGGAUCAAUUCGAUAUAGAACCCUUAUGGACCAAGACCCAUCACCACCUGCCUCCACAACUGGUGCAAUGGAAGGCAAAGGUUUGGAACGGACCGGCAGUAUAGUCCGGGUUGAAGCCCACCCAGUGUCAAAUAAACCUGUGGUGAAACCUCUGAGCACUGAUGGAAGUGGCUCUUGGCGUUGGAAUCCACCAGAAAAGCGACUGUCCCUACUACAGCCAGCCUUUAACCUCAAUGAUUUCAACAGAAAUACGGACACCUGUGAUGUUAUGCAGGAUGCCGGGUCACUGGAUGGGCGGCAGAGUGUUACAGGGACCAAAUCAGAAAACAAAGUUGAAGAGGGUCAACACAUCACUUACCCACAUGUAGGAUAUCAGUCACAUUCUAAUUUUCAUGAUCCCAAUGCUACCAAACCUCUCACUCCCAGCACCAUAUUUGCUCCUCCUUUCCAUCAUCACCCUCAGUCUAUCACUACAAUUCGAGUCACCCCUGUGGAAGGGACUGGUGCCAGUACUGAUGGCAGCUCUGACAGCCAGUCGGCUGCAUCUUCGAGCCGGGAGUCCACAUUGAGGAGAAAAAGUGACACCCCUAUUCACUUUACUCAAGAUUCAGGGCUUAUCACUGAUCACAUUCUCCAUGAGAAAAGUGAACUCUUCAAAAGUGAAAGCAGCAAUUUUUUCAAAGAAAACCUGAAAGGUUUUCAAAAUAACCCCAUCCAGUCUGACAGGCAUUUACAAAGAAUGUUUGGCCAUCCAGGCCCACACCCUCCACCUACUUUACCCCGUCCCCAUAUGAAUCACUCUCCACCUCCAACUCUGGGAUUGGCUGUUAAGGAAUCUUAAAGUGAAGUCCAUCCAUUAAAACAUUAUAAAAUGUGGUCCUGUAUCACCAACAGAGAUACAGUAUUAUUUUCAGGGAGAUAUUACAGUACAUGUACAUUCAAGAGAUAAGGUGAAUCUUUCGGCAUAAUGACUUUUAUUCAAAUAGAA